AUGGCCAGUCGUGGCAAGCUGGCAGGAAUGUCGUCCUUAAAAGAGCCAUCAACCACAAAGACAAGCCAACGGAUGCCUUCAAAACGGUCGACCCAACAAUCUCCCGCCGAAAGACAACCAUCGGACACGUCAAGGUCAGUUUUGCCAGCUGCCUCAUCCCCGUCUAGCUCCCCCACGACCACGGAUUGGAGCCCAAGCCGGUUUGAACAGGCUGCUCUCAUGGAUUUCGACCUCAGCCUUGAGCCAGCCCUCAAAGCUGAUGAAUUCGACGAGCUUCUCGACCAAUCUAUUGAGCCGCCAAGCGAUGGCUCUCUGCUGGUGCUGAGCAGCCCUCUGGAUCCUUACAACAUCCCCAUGGAGCUCAAGUACAUCCUAAACUAUCAUCUCCUUGAAGUGGCACCGAAGCUAUGCGUUGACAACACCACAAUUCGCAAUCCUUAUUCGCAAUUCAUACUUCAGCUGGCGGUGGAGAAGCCGCCUCUUUUAUAUGCCUGUGCUGCCCUGGCUGCAAGCCACCGGAGCGUACGACUGUCGAAUGAAACUUGCAAGGUGGAUUGUUGGAAAUUUCGAGGCAAGGCUAUGCGCCGGCUGCAGGAGCAGCUAUGGUCGGAUCAUUGUGCGAGCGACGAUGGGAAUAUCACGACCAUUCUGAUGCUUACUCUGACCGACAUGUGUCUCGGUGACGCGUCAAACUUUGACGCCCAUUUCGGAGCCGCAAAGAGGCUCAUCGAUCUACGCGGUGCGAACCGGACGCAAGAUACGUUUGUGGAACAGUACAUUGCAUGGCUCGAUAUCAUGUGUGCGGCUAACAACCGACGGAAGGCCUUGUUCACCUCGGAAGAUGUGGCUUCCUUUACUGGGCCGACGCGGCAAUGGAGCCACGACGUGUUCCCAUGUCCCCCCGAUCAAUUUGGAAUUGUCUCAGAGGUCAUUGCACUUUUCAAAACCCAAUCCGACCCCUUGCAUCCCACACGGGAGGCUAUGGCCAAGGCACAUGACUACAAGAGACGAAUAUUAAGCUUACCUAUGCAUAUCGAAAGAGGGGAAGGCUGGCUUCAUCUCACUGAAGCCUUCCGCCACGCCAUUGCUCUCUAUAUCAUUCGCAUCUUUCGUGUCGAGGCCGAUGAGGACGAGCUCUCGUGGCUCAUACAAAGCGUCUUCUACCAUUCUAAGCUCACCACCCCUUCGACUGGAUGGACUGAUCAUCUCUUAUGGCCUCUCUUCCACGCGGGGCUGGAAGUGCGGGACGAGCAUCGGCAGCAGUGGUUGCGAGACCGAUCGGUGGUCAUGCAACAAAGUGGAGGGUUUCGCAACGUGGAGACGUCCAUGAAGAUUCUGGAACAGGUCUGGAGCAGUGGCGUUGUUCCAGAUUAUACAGAUUUUCUCCCGGCUGGCACAUUUGGGACCAUGCUCUUUGUAUGA